AUGUCUGUCGAUGAGGUCGGGGCUAAAACCGCUACAAUAGGAGGCGAUACGAUUUUUGGUGAUAUUAUAAGAAAAACGUCCCCGGCAAAGAUUCUGUAUGAAGACGACCAAUGUAUUGCUUUCAAAGAUAUAGGUCCUCAGGCCCCUGUUCAUUUUCUUGUGGUUCCCAAGAAAUAUAUCGAUAAACUCGCCUCAGCUGCAGAUGAUGAUGAAGAGGUGAAAGCGUGGAAUGUGGUAGGCAACAAAAGCAUGCACUCCAUAAUUGGAGCGAGCAAUCGUUUUUGUGUUUUCUUCACUGUCGGCAUGUCCUCUGAAAUUGAAAAAGCUCAAACAGCGAAACCUGAUGACGAUAAUAUUUUUGCCAAGAUAGUUAGAAAGGAGAUUCCAGCGAAGUUCAUCUACGAAGAUGAAGAAUGCGUUGCUUUUCAUGAUAUCUCUCCACAAGCUCCUACUCAUUUUCUUGUCUUGCCUAAAAAGCCCAUUUCGAAACUUGAUGCCGCUACAGAUGAGGAUACAAAGCUCUUAGGCCAUCUUCUCUUGGUAGCCAAGAAGGUUGCUGCUGAACAGAAGUUAGAUAAAGGUUUUCGUGUUGUGAUUAAUAACGGACCACAUGGGGGCCAAUCAGUCUAUCAUUUGCAUGUUCAUGUUCUCGGUGGAAAACAACUUGGAUGGCCACCAUGUUAA